UACUUGUUGCAGGGAGUGGGGAGAGAGAGAGACAUAGUUCCCUGCUCCAGCACUGAGGUGGAGUGGCCAGAGACAAGGAGAGUUUGACCAAGAUGAUGAAUGUGAAUGGGAACCUACUGCCCAAAGGCAGUUCCCGCAAGCCCCUGGGGAAGCUGGCUCAGAGGUUGCUGGAGGUGAAGAGUUCCUAUCGACAGAGCUCCGGCUUGGAGCUCAGUCACAGCGAGGUGGCCAGGCUGGCUACAGACGCGCUGCUGGAGUCCGGGCCCGCCGCUUACCGCCGGGCACUGGCGAGCGAGAAGGAACUGAGCUUCCUCUCCGAGCAGGAGAUCGCCUACAUCAGCCAGAGGGCCGGAGUGGCCAGGCUGGCCGAGGCCGGCUGUAGUGACUGGGAAGCCGGGGAUACGCAGUCGGAGCUGGCCUCGGGCACCUACUUCCCCAUGCAGUCCGACUCCGAGGCUCCUGUCCUGGACCUGGGCUGGUCCAGAGGCCACGGCAAUGUCUGUCUGCCCUCGGAUACCCAGGUCAUCUUCCAAAGAGACAAGACCCACAGUAUCAAGGACACCAUCCGGCAGCUGCUCAGCAAAGCCAAGUCGCUCAUUGCGAUUAUGAUGGAUCUGUUCACUGAUGUUGACAUAUUUUGUGAUUUGUUGGAAGCUUCUGCGAAGCGAGGAGUCCCCGUCUACCUACUUCUGGACGAAACUAACCUGGAACACUUUAUGCUAAUGUGUGAUGAGCUUGACAUUCAAAAGGAUCACGUGACUAACAUGCGGAUCAGGAGCGUGGUGGGAGACACAUACUGUACAAAGUCUGGGAAAAAGUUUAGUGGCCAAGUCCUGGAAAAGUUCAUGAUAAUUGACCUGGAACAAGUGGUGGCAGGUUCAUACAGCUUUACCUGGCUGUCGGGACAGGUGCACCUCAAUUUUGUCACAGUAUUGACAGGACAGAUAGUGCAAGCAUUUGAUAAUGAGUUUCGAUGCCUUUACGCAGAGUCGAAACCCCUUGAACGUUUCUCCUCCUCAGCAGAUGAAGAUCUUUCUUAUUAUACAUCCAGACUCCAGAUUCUUCCAGAGCACCACAUGAUGAAUGAGAGGCUGGUGGAACCUGUCCAUUCCAAUCCAUCCAGCAGCCAAUCCGGGAGUAGUCCUCGCAGUGUCAUACAGUUGACUGCUUCAGCUACUAAAGCAUUCUGGGAACGCCAGCAAAUCAGCCCUUGUGCUUCCAAUAACUCUUCCGACAUUGAUUGUAAAAUCAAAGACAGUGGCAAAUCAAUCAAUAAUCCAGCCCAUGACCCAUUGGCUAGGCAAAGUGGGUUAGGCUUUUAUGAUGCAAAUCCUAACAAUGUGCACAGUAUGCAUUAUCCAGUCAACUCUCACUUUCAAAGUCAAGGGGUAGAUGUCCAGCAAAGAAGAACUCCUGUGGUCCCAACUCGAACAACUAAAAUGCCAAAGGAUGACUUCUCCGAAGCAAGAAAGCCAACCCCUCCAUCGUCCCCACGACUGCGGCUGGAUUGCUCCCCAAGGCUCAAUCAGAGAGAGACUGUUCGUCGAGCUGAAGAGUCUAAUGACUCCAGCAAAGAUUUAUGCAAACCCUCCGGGGGAUUUACACGGUCUGGAAAUCGACUGACCCUUGGGCACAGUAAAUUAGAAAUGAUGAUGGAAUAUAAUGAUAAAAUGAAGGCCAAAAAUGUUUACAGCAGGUUUCAGUUAAUGAAACACGGCCCUUAGGCUGGUGAUGGUGGAUCUGACAGCGAUUUCUUCAGACACUUUCCUGCAUAAACAUUCCUUGAUUGUCCAAAGUUGCUGUGUUGAGUGAAGAGCCAGUUUCCACCACAUUUCUUUUCCAAUCUUGGGAGGUAUGUGCUACGUGGUCAGAUAGUGCCAACUCCAUGGAAUGAAGGCUUCACAGGGUUACCCUGAUUUAUAUGCACGUGGAUAGUGACAAUGACAGGUGACAUUGUUAAUCCUUUAAAUCAGUGUCAUCACCAAAAUAGAGGUCUUGCCUCAUGAGAGAGGGGGUACCACUGAUUCCAAUCACUUUCCAAAUGUGGGAGAGCACUUCUAUUUCACUGACUACCCAAUGACAGCCUCCCAGAAAACCAGCGAUGCCUUUCUUUGGUUUGUAUUUAUUAGCAGAGGGAUAUUUGGGCACACACAUUGCUCACUGCUAUGCAAUAUUUCUUUCUCUUUGGGCUUCUUAUUGUCUCAACGUGUAGUAUUCUCGCCUCCGACUCAGAAAGUUGUAGGUGGAAGAUGCACUGCACACACCUAGACACAUUAUUUAGUCUGACACUCCUGGUGCAUAGUUGAGGGAGUCUGUGUGCAAGUGAGUUGUCAUGUUCCCUACCUGACAGUAGUGACUCCACUUCAAAACUGUAAAACACUUUGAGAUAUUCAAAGGAUAUGAAAAUGCUGUAUAAAUGUAAGUUUUCUUUAAACCAUGUACACAGUGUCAAAUCUCUCAUCUCAAAAGUAUGAGAGCGUUUAUUUUCAGAAAUGUUAGCCUUUGAAAUAUGUGUACAAUUUCAAUACACGUUGUGACAAGAGAUGCUCUUUAAUAAGGAUCACAAAUAUGAUAUUUCUGCCUGUAAUCAGUAGGUUUUGUAUAUAUUUCUUAUUCUUGGAUUGUAUAUUCCAAUUAAAAUAAAAUACUCAGUAGCGAGCUCUCAUGAGUUCAAAACCAAAGGUUAUUGGUUCUCAGUUACCCUGAAUUCAUGCAAUGUUGGUCUCACACUCAGUCUCAUGUAUAGAUGAGUGCACACAAAGAUUGGAUACAGUAGAGAUUGAGCACCUUCACAGCAUUGAAUUCAGUCUGUAAUGUAUGAUCUCCAGUCUCUAAUGUGAUGGGCCUCUUUAAAGGGAAUUAAGGGUCAGCCACAAUGGUGUGAGACUGGAGUUCACAUAUAGGACUGAGAAAUGACGAUGGACUUCCUUCUGUAAAGCACAUCAGGGAACCUGUCAGGUUUUUAUGAGAAAUUUGAAAUUGAACUACACAAAAUGAAACAGAUUUGAACAAUAUAUUGCUCUUCCUUCCCUCCUGUUCCUACUGAAGUCUGCAGGCUCUGACUUAUCAAACAUGUGCAGGUGUCAGACAGAAUCGUUGAAACACAAUUCUCUUUCAAUUUAAUUUCUAUAUUUUUCAUCAUCUGGAAAUUCUAGCUUUGGAAGCCUAUCUUCCUAGGAAUAGGAGAAAGUGAGGACUGCAGAUGCUGGAGAGUCAGAGUCGAAAAGUGUGGUGCCACACUUUUCAACUCUAUCCUCCUAGGAUUGUCUCAAAACUUAAAUCAUCAUCUCUUUGAAGACCAUGAUUUUGCCAGACAAUUCUUAAUUGGGCUGGAUUUAUUUCAACACACCGACAUUCCCCCUUUAAGUUAUUUUGUGCUUGUUUGUACCUUUGUCCUUGUCUGGCUAGACCUGAUUUAUUACGAACAGUGUUUCCCAAACACUCCCACUAAAACAUACUCCAGUUACUGCCCCACUUCUUCCUUUGUUCCCUAGAAUGAGAUCCAGUACUGCUGUCUUUCUCUAUGGAAUGAUCAAAAAUUUCUUUGGUGCACAUUUCAGGAAUGCCUAACUUUGCCUUUGAACCUGUUACUGUCCCGUUCUAUAUUAAAAUAAAGUCAAUAGUGUAUCAUC